ACUAGAUGGUUUACAACAAAAUGAAUACACAUUUGGAACAAAGACCCUAGAGCAACAGCAUUUACAGAAAUUGCAAGGGUGCCAGGCUCAGAUGGUGCAUGUAGAUGAUAAUCAGCCUAGUGCCAGGACACAGAUUUCCCUGACAACUUGUGUAUUACCUCACCCAACUGUGGAUCAGACUAUUCAACAAACCUCCAUGACGGGUGUUGCAUAUGACACACUAAUGCUGAAGCACCAGUGUUUGUGUGGCAAUUAUACCAGCCACCCUGAGCAUGCUGGAAGAAUACAAAGCAUUUGGUCAAGGUUGCAAGAAUGUGGGCUGUUAAACAAGUGUGAGCGGAUUCGAGGUCGAAAAGCCAGUUUGGAAGAAAUACAGCUGGUUCACUCCGAACAUCAUUCACUGCUCUAUGGCACCAGUCCCCUGAACAGACAGAAGCUGGACCCCAGGAAAAUCCUAGACAGUGCACUUCACAAACCUUUUUCGUUGCUGCCCUGUGGGGGUCUUGGUGUGGACAGUGACACCAUUUGGAAUGAGCUGCAUUCGUCCGGUGCUGCACGCAUGGCUGUUGGCUGUGUCAUCGAAUUGGCUUCCAAAGUAGUCUCAGGAGAGCUGAAGAACGGUUUUGCUAUUGUGAGGCCCCCAGGCCAUCAUGCUGAAGAAUCAACAGCCAUGGGGUUCUGCUUUUUUAAUUCGGUUGCAAUUACUGCCAAAUACUUGCGAGACAAGCUAAAUAUAGGCAAGAUAUUGAUUGUAGAUCUGGAUGUUCACCAUGGCAACGGUACACAGCAGGCUUUUUAUUCUGACCCCAGCAUCCUGUAUGUCUCCCUCCAUCGCUAUGAUGAAGGCAACUUCUUCCCUGGCAGCGGAGCCCCAAAUGAGGUUGGAAGUGGCCCUGGUGAAGGUUAUAAUAUAAAUAUUGCUUGGACAGGUGGCCUAGAUCCCCCCAUGGGAGAUGUGGAGUACCUCACAGCAUUCAGGACAGUGAUUAUGCCAAUCACUUCUGAGUUCAACCCUGACUUUGUAUUAGUAUCAGCUGGCUUUGAUGUUGUGGAAGGACAUGAAUCUCCUCUAGGCGGGUACAAGGUGACAGCUCAAUGUAUGUAUUAUUUUUUUUUGAAAAAAAUCUGUGUCCUGACAUUAUUUUAG